AUGAGGAAACGUGAAAUCAGUACAUUGUUGCCACGGUUACCCUCAGAGCCCAGGAUGUCGCUGCUCACAAUAAAGAUUGACAAGAUUGGGCUGAAAGAUGCUGGGAAAUGCAUUGAUCCCUACAUGACAGUUAGUGUGAAAGAUUUGAGUGGCAUUGAUUUGAACCCAGUGCAAGACACACCUGUGGCAACCCGAAAGGAGGACACAUACAUUCACUUCAGCGUAGACAUUGAGAUCCAGAGACAUAUCGAGAGACUACCAAAGGGGGCAGCUAUUUUCUUUGAGUUCAAGCACUAUAAACCCAAGAAGGGGUUUACAAGCACAAAAUGUUUUGCCUUCAUGGAAAUGGAUGAGAUCAAACCUGGUCCCAUUGUGAUCGAGUUGUACAAGAAGCCUACUGACUUCAAGAGGAAGAAGCUCCAGCUCCUGACCAAGAAGCCACUCUAUCUCCACCUCCACCAGACGUUGCACAAAGAUUAAUAACCGAGGUCACAGAGUAGAGCACAUCAAGAAAGCAGAAGCGCCACAGAAUUCCACUGUAGUCAUCAGACAUCCAGCAAAGUUUGGUGUACCG